AUGCAGUGGCUUGUUACAGGUUGCAGCACGGGCUUAGGCCUCGAGAUCGCCCGAGCAGCUCUACAGGCUGGGCAGAAAUGCAUCGCCACAUCCCGCAAUCCGGCCAGCUCUCCUGAUGCAAUUGCCGAUAUUGAGAAACUUGGUGGUGUUUGGGCGACAUUGGACGUGUCCAGUCCGAGCCUUGAGAAUGACAUUGAGAACAUUGUCAAGAAGCACGGGCCUGUAGAUGUUGUGGUAAACAACGCCGGGUAUGCAGAUGGCGCACCUUUGGAGAUGAUGGACCUAGACAAGGCCCGCCAAAUGUUUGAGACGAACUUCUGGGGACCCAUCCGCAUCAUCCAAGCACUCGUUCCGUCCAUGAGAAGCCGACAUUCUGGGGUGAUAAUCAAUAUCUCCAGUGCAGUCAACUGGAAUCCCCCUCCUGGCGCCGCCGUCUAUGCCGGAUCCAAAUUUGCCAUCGAGGGCAUAUCCGAGGCCCUAGCCACCGAAUUAUCGACCUUUGAUAUCAGAGUGUUGAUUGCCGAACCAGGAGCGAUGAAGACCAAGUUUUUCGAUCAGAAGAAGAUGAAGAUGCCGAUCCUUGCAGACGCUUAUAAGGGAACUCCCACGGAGUUUGUGAUGCAGGCGAUUGCCGGCCUAGACGAAGGAGCGCCGCAGGAUGCGAGGAAGACUGCUGAGGCCAUCGUGAAGGAGGUUUUGGAGCCGUCGUCUACUCCUAUGGCCCUGAGAAUGCCAUUAGGCAUGGAGUCCUUGGGCGGAAUGAGGAAGAGAGCAGAGGAAUACAUCAAGAUCGCUGAUAGCAUGGAAAAGGUUGCUGUGGCUUGUGAUUUCUGA